AUGGUAGGGGAGCCGAAAAUAGUCUCGGUUUGGCAGUUUCCGUUCCCGAUCGUCACCGGCCGUCAUCUUCCCUACUGUCCGGGCAAUUGCGCGGCCCACCUCAAUUACGAGAUAGCUCACCAGCUGCUGUUCUCGCUCUCCCAUCAACCAAGGAGUCGGAUUCUCGUCAACAGAAUGAUCUUUUCAUCGCCAGCAUGGGUGCCGUCCCCGGACCAGAGCGCGCCGGACCAAGUUCCUAUCGGAGACUACGUUCUGUCGAACCAUGUCUUGUCGAAAAACGAUGCGCCAUUUGUCGAUGCAAUAUCCGGUCAUGUCUACACGAUGGCGAUGUUACGGACUAGAGUCGAGUCCCUUGCGCGAGGGUUGGCGGCGGAUCUCAACUGGUCUCCGAAUACUGGAUCGCCAGAGGAAAAAGUGGUGGCCAUCUAUUCUCUCAAUACUGUGGCUCUCUCGGGUCCCCUGCUGACGAUCAUGUACAAGAUCGAUUACUUCAUACUCUGCUGGGCCGUCCAUCGUUUAAACGGCAUCUGCAUGCCUCUCCAUUCGACCUGCACCUCUGCGGAGAUUACAUCGCAUAUGAUCACUGCAAGCUGCACGACGAUUUUUACGUGCUCGGGGCUCAUGUCCACCUGUUUGGAAGCAGCCAAGGAGUUGCAGCUACCAGCAGAGAAAAUCUAUACGCUGGCUCUGCCCAGCACCUACCUGGAUAACGCGAACCUUGAAGAUUCUCCUCGGCUUAAAACGCUGGAACAAUUGGCAGAUCAAGGCUCACAGCUCCCUCAAUUAGAGCCGUUGAGAUGGUCAGCUGGGCAGGGCAAGUCCCAGGUAGCAUUUCUAUGCUCUACUAGCGGCACCUCUGGACGCCAGAAACUCGCAAUGCUUACGCACUACGGUAUCAUCACCAACCUCCUUCAAAUGUCGGCGUUUGAAGGCUUCGCAAACGACACCUACGGACAGACAGUGGCAGCCGCGAUUCCCUUCAGUCACAGUUAUGGGAUUCUUAUUGGUCACGUUGGUGUCUUGCGUGGCGAAUCUCACAUAGUGUUCCCUCGCUUUGACAUGCAGCGCAUGCUGGGCUCUGUCGCGAGUUAUCGUGUCAACAGGUUAUACUUGGUGCCGCCCAUUCUAGCUGUUCUUGGUGCAAAUUCUUUUUUGAUGGAGCCUUUUGACCUCUCGUCCGUCACUUCAGUCGUCACUGGCGCGGCGGCGCUCGAUCGGACUGUAGCCGGCAGACUGAAAUCGCUGCAACCAAGUUGGGAGUUUCUCCAUGCCUGGGGUCUGACCGAAACUUGCAUCGUUGUCACUUUCACCAGCAAGCAUGAUGUCUGGUACGGAUCGAGCGGAUCUCUCCUACCAGGCUGUCAGUUGCGACUGGUCGAUGCCGAAGGCAAGGAUGUAGAAAACUAUGACCAAAGUGGAGAAGUGUACUAUAAAGCGCCAAACAUGUUUGUUGGAUAUCUGGGAGACCACGAGUCCACUAUCAGUUCGUUUGACGACGAUGGUUGGAUGCGUACCGGGGACAUGGGCGCAAUCCAAGUCAGCCCCAAUGGCGUGGAGCAUCUCUUUAUUCGAGACCGAAUCAAGGAUAUGAUCAAGGUCAAGGGCAUGCAAGUCAUUCCAGCCGACGUCGAAGCGGCGAUGCUCACGCAUCCUGCUGUCGCUGACGUUGCCGUCAUUGGCGUUCCUGAUGAGCUUGCGGGAGAGCGAGCCAUGGCCUUUGUGAUACGCUCCACAUCUGUGAUGAGUGAAUUUUCUGAAGAUGAUUUACGAGACAGCAUUAAUGACCAUUUGGAGGACAGACUCCACGAGACUCACUGGUUGGGCGAUAGACUUGAGUUUGUUGCGGAGAUCCCGAAGAGCCAGAGCGGGAAAGUUUUGAAAAAGAUUUUGAGAGAGAAAGCGGCAUCGAAUUGA